GCCGCUCGGUUUCUGUUUCCCUUUCGCAGCGAGCCGUCGCCGUUCCGGCCGCGCGGAUUAACUGAGCACGCCGUCGCCACGCCAGCCGCGCGGGCUUCGAACGGUUCGGCGCACGCCCGGCGACGAACGCCGACCCUAAUCCCGAACGCGCGGGUGGUUUCGUGCGAGCUUUCUCGGGUCGACUUCGCGACUUCCUGGUUCGCGAGAGCCGCUCGCGCUUCGGCGGUGCGCGCGUGCUUCGGGCGUCCGGCUCCAGCGAGCUCGGCGCGCCGAGGCCGCCGCCGAACGAGCCGACUGGGGGGAAGAAGGGGGAAGUUCGACCGGGUUCUUUUCCCCCUCCAGCAAGCCGCAUGGCGCUUCGCUUUUCGGCCGGGAUGUCGGCGGCCAUCGGAAGGACGAACGAAGAGCCGGAGCGUUCAUAAAGCGUCCGCCAUGGAAACUAGCGGGGGCGAGUCGAGUGAAGGUGUUCUCGUACCCGUGCCCGAGGACUCCGAAACGUCUCGCCACAUCCUGGCUGCCCUCCAAGACGCGUACUUGUACGAGGAGUCGAGGCGCUGCUUUCGGUACAGCUCGUUCCUCGCGGUGAGGAACGCCUCGCAGCGGCAACAGUAUGACGACUUUAGAGCAAAGAGGAAAGGUAUGGGCUACUCAGAAGAGGACCUGAAGGAGUCCUACGGGUUUUUGUUCUUUGACGAUGCAGACAAGGUAAACAAAUUUGGAGAAGCUGGUGUGUUCACUGGGAACAGCAUCUGCACGUCGCUCGGAGAUCCCUCUAAGGGUGUGUAUAUAGCCAAGUACUCUGACUGUCUGGAUCUCAACUGCUGGUAUUCUGGGAAGUCUGGUUACAUUGCCAUCAUCAGGCUUACCAAGGGUAAGGUGAAAAAAGUGUCCGAGAACUACACUCAGAACUUCACAGUGCCGUCUGUGGGCUUUGACUGCCAUGUGUCUGAACAAUUGUCUGCGGUAUCUACCAACACAAGCGCCUUCCUUGCCUUUGAGAGAACCCAGUAUUAUAUGUUUGAGCUGCAACAGGAUGGAAGCAACGAAACAGCCCAGACUCCCAGCCAUGCCUGUCCUUUUGCUGUCGUAUUAUUUUCAUAUACAGAUACCCAGACAAAACCCCCAGAACCUCAGGAGAAAAGCGUGAAGGAAGAAUUGGCAUUCCAUUACUUUCCCUGGAGGGGUCAGCUGCAGAUCAGCGAUAAGGUCUUCAAUGUUAAACUGAAGGCUACGAGAGGGGCCUUUAUUCCUGCAAAGUUGCCAGCGGUAGUGAAAUUUGACCGAGCCAUUUCAAUAUCGGAUCUGAGGCAUUUGUUGCCGAAGGCUGCCUUUGAAGCCAACUUCUCUGUCGAAGUCUCUCUGGAUGGAUUACACUGCAGCUUGUAUGUAUUGGUCUCAUCUGAAGCUGAAGACCCCUCACUGUCUCUGCUCCACCGGGAGCUCAGAGAGAAGGAUUUGGCUCUCAUAACUGUACUCAAUGAUGGUGGUUUUUUUAUCCUGCUACAUUCUUCCCAUUUCCUGGUGCAUGACAGUAUUGAGUUUAGCGCAAAAGAGGAGGCACUACAUGGCAUGUUUCUGUUUCCAGAUUCAAGAGCAAUACAGAGAGGCACCAAAGCUGAAAAGAAAAAACCUACCAUAUCAUCUAAGGUUCAGUUAAUUUCAGCUCUGAAUUAUGCUGAAAGUGAAGUGGAGAAAAAAUCUGCUUACCAAAGCAAAGAAGUUUGUGGAUUGUUGGAGCAGCACAUCCAGAAUUAUGCACCUCUAAUAAACCUACGGAUGAGAUCAAGUCCUUCCAGGGAGGCCAACAUCUUUCCAGACCAGUAUGAUGUACCAGAGGCCCUGAAACACCUCUACACAGACCCAAAGUGUACUGACAGGGCAUGGAAAAGCUUUGGGUCAUACCUGACCAAUCCGGAUUCCUUUCAGUUGCCGGUAUCCAAAGUCAAAGAACUUCUGGCAGCUCGACAGGAGGAACAUAGCAAGGAGCUUGUUGAUGAGGCUUACGUCUGUUUGUCAUCUCCUGAGGAAGCACCAGUCAGUCCUACUAGCAUGGGCCUUGGGGAAGAUUUGGGGGAACAGGAUGCUCCAACACAAGCUGAGACAUUUGUGGACAGUCAUACAGCGUGUGUUGAAAUCCCAGUUGAUUCAACCACGGCACCUCAAAUGGAAGUAUCAUGUGUUUUACAGACUGGAGGUACCACCAAUUAUAGUGGGAGACCAAGCACAACACCGCUAACCAAAACGCACAUUACUUCUGAGGCAAAAUGUCUCUCAAUCUCUCCCAGCUCAGGAGACCUCCCAACAGAGAUAAUUGUCAGCAUUACAUCUGCAGAAGGAACUGCAACAAAUAUGGACGAGAAACUGAGUAUGAUUAGGGAUGCAUCAGCUACAAAGCUUAAUGGGAUUCAGCCUUCUACUUUAUCAGCAGCCACAUUACAAAUUGCGGAUGCCAUUUCUUUGAAUGAUCAGGUUGACAAGGUCAACAAUCCUUUACAUUGUCCUGAACUCAAUAAUCCCCCAAAAAAUAAGAGAAAAUUACCCAGGGGCCACCCAAAAAGCAGUAAAAACUCAUCAAAAACCUCUGAUCAGAUUACCAGUUUUCCAACACCUGAGUCACUGGUGGAGGCUGGCAAAUGUAUGCCGGAAAAGCAGGGCCAUGCCAGGAAGCCAGCAAAUAACCCAGAUCCCCCUAAAGUUGAUUGGAGGAGAUUACCAAGGCGUAGCCGCCGCCAUGGUGGAAAAUUGUCUUUGAAACCGAAAAAGACUACGAGGUCUACUGUGGUUAAGAAAAAAGAAUUGAAGGACACUAGUUUAGCAGAACAUGAAGCCUGUUUUCUGAGAAAGAAGACAGAACAAUGGGACUUAAAGCCAGUUAAUACCAAGUGCGGGAGUAUCUUAGUUCCUUAUGGCUGUGUAGAGUUUGCUGAUCAGAUAAAGGCUUCGGAAUGUAUGAAUGAGGAAACAGUUUGUGAAGAAUGCCCUGACAUGGUGACUCCUCAGUCCAAAGAAAUGGAACAGGAACAUAGUGCUGCAUUGUUGGGAAAACGUGGAGAUACUGACAACAAAGGAACAAUGGAUGAGGGGAUCCAUCUUCAACACAUAGACUUCAGUCAUGUCAGUUCUGAACCCAGCAAGUUGAGACAGUCAGACAGUGGUGACGAUUUGUUGGUUUGGCAAGCCGGCAUAAAAGAAGGUUCUUCUGAGAAAACAGCUGAGGUAGACAAUGCAGAUACUUUCAUCCCAGAGCCUUUUCAGGGAAGAGACACCGAUAUUCCCUGCCAAAUAAAAGAUGCAAAAAGAAGUGACGUUUUGCUUGGUAAACUAAACACAGUUGUUUUAAAAGGGAAGAGGAAAAUUAUGCAUGGUGUGCCUGAGGAUUUGACAUUACCAGGUAACACACAUGGCACUGCACCAUUACUCAAGAAGAGCAAGACAGAAUUAGACAUCAAGAUGGUGGAGAGUGACAUGUCAACCAGAUGUGUCCUUGAUACUGAGGACGUUUCAAAGACAUUGUCAGUAGAUCCAGAUUUUGCACUGGCCCUAGGCUUGACUCCUAAGGAGUGGCCUGAUAAAAUGCAGAAAAUGGAGUGUCCAAGUAAAUUGAGGGAAGACUCUUUAAGCACACAGACUCAAGUUGGGCCUCAAACUAUGCCCGACAAACUGGCUCAGCCUACACAAGUGUCCCCUUCCUCACUCCUAGGGACGAGCAGGAUGCAAACACUUGAAAUGCAGCAAAAUGUAUCCACAGAAUAUAUCAAAAAGAAAUGGUGGCUGCAUUUUCAUGUGUCAACUACUUCCAGUGAAAAGCUCAAACGCAAUGGCUGUGCGAGGAAGAAGUCAGUCAGUAUGAAGUCAGUUAAGAAUCCGAAGGAAAAAAAGGGCACCGCUGGCCCAUCCAGAGAUGCUCUUACUAUACUCGCUGACUUGGCCCUCAGUACCGGUGCUGACCAAGCUCCACAACAGUCCAGUCAAGCACUUGAGAGAAAUCCUGACUCAAGUUCGAAGGCCUGUGGAAUCAGCCCUGAAACGGAGUCACUUCCUCAGGCUAUGCUGAGGCAGCAAGUCACUAACCUCUCUCGGACCUCAAAAUCUCCCCCUAAAGGUCUCAUGGGAAGCAAAGAUUUAGCUUCCAUAAUAACUAAAGAACAUGAUUAUUCAUUGCCCCCAUCUCCUUUGGUGUUGGAUUUGCCAGGUACAUCCUUCAGUGUAGCCUCAUUAGGCCAUUCUGCAGGGCUGCAACAGCACUAUCAGAAUACGUUUGACAAUGGAACCCAAGCAAUACAUGCAAUUCUCUGUCAGGAGGACAAGAGUGAGGACGCACCUUGUGCCCCAGAAUUCCCCAAAAAAGACUCAAUGAGCCGGCAGAGGUUCAGACAGUGUCGCAAUUUUGUUGAAAAGGAUGGGUCCCUCACAGUUACAAGGGAGUGGAAAAAAAACUAUGACUUCAGUCUAGACAACAAGUUACCAAAUCAGUCUAUGGAUAAAACUGUCAACAGAGCAUUGCAUGGCCCAUGGGAUUUGACUAUUCAUGACACCAAUGAAGAGGUCCAGCUCAUUGUCCACUUGUGGAUAGGAUUGUUUUAUAGUAGGUCGACAGCAAGGUCCUUUCACAUUGACACAAGUAUUCCAUAUUUAGAAGACGGUGAUAAUUCAGAGAUUUCCAGUGGAAUGGUACAAGCAACAACUCAAUUUGAGCCCAAGAACUGUUCCACUGCUCCUGCACCAGCUGUACAUUCAAACCCAGAAAGUUUGGACUUAAGUAAGAAAGAGAAACCUGCCUCUACAGAAGGACCUAUGGGUUUGGACCUAAAGGUAAAGAAACCCAGUUUAGAGGAUGUUUCUUCAGAGCCGCAAGUCAAUAGAAUAGAGAUUACUUUGUCUGGAAAAGAGACUGAAGUGAAUCAGACCUCCUCCCAAGCACUUGAACCGCUAGGUGGACUACAGGACACAAGCACCUUCCUUCUACACCAAGCUGGAACCCUGGUGUUUCAGACUCAUGGAGAGAGUUUGGACUCAACGGACAGACUCAACAACAAUUUUCAAGAUAAUGAUGUCAGAGCCACGCCUGAGAAUGAGACUGAGGCAACAGGUUCCAUACAACUGGCUGACGAGAAGGAACACUCUGAUGAAACCUAUUUUAAAAUUGAUGGAAUAUGUGAGGAUAUGUCAAAUUUAGUUACUCCGCAGGGGAUCCUCUUGGGGACAAGUGGAAUUGCAUGUGUGCAAGGGUCCUGCACUGAAAAGACAGAAAUUAGAGAUUGCAGCGAAAAUCAGGGAAAUGCAGAAAUUGAAGUUAAGCAGAAGACUGAUAUUGAUGACUCGACUAAAAUGCUGACAGACAAACAUGAGGAUUCUAACUAUGAAUGUGCUCCCCUGGUUCAUCCUGGUGAAUGUGAUGAAAAUGACUCAAGAAGACAAAAAGACAGCUUUGAGUCCUGUCCAAUGAAAAUAAAUGAAAGUGGUUCUACAAAUCAAGAAGCAGAUACAGCCCAUAAAAUAUAUUUUUUGAAAAGCACCACACAGCCAACUGAGGAGGAACCUAAAGCACUCUUUCCGGACAGAGAUGAAAAUAUUGAUGGGGAUAAAAUGGAUGAUCCAGUGCACGCACACACUCAAUUGAAUGAUGCACCAUUGCCUCAUGUCAGAGAAAACCCUGCUGCAGAGGUCAAAGAGAGAGUGUUACUAACUGAGCAGCCACUUCUGUUGGACAGUGAAAAUGUUAAUUGCCCUUCACCAUUGAAGGGCCACUAUCCAAAUGAUAACACCGUAAUAGUCGAGGAUGCCAUUUCUGCCCAAAAAUCCAACCUUGCACCAGACAGUCCCUCACAUCAGGAGCAUGGUGACAAUCAGUCUGCCGACAAGGCAGCUUCAGAAAUGAGUAAAAUUUAUGUAAAAGGUGAGAUAUUCUCUACGGACAAAGCAUUUCCAAUUUGCUUUGAGCAUCUGACACUUGCACAUUUGAGCACGUGUCCGAAAGAAAUGCCACAUAUUGAAGAAAAUCCCUGCUGUGAAGAUGAGCUGCACAUAGAAACGCACAAUACUGCUGAAGAAAGUAGCAAAAAGCCACCAUCCCAUGCGGACACAAUGCUAUCGGUUGUUGAUGGUGAUUUCGACCAGCUGAGAUUCUCAAACAUAUGCAAGUCAGAUGACAAAUGCCCUACCCCAACUAUGGAUGAGGAACCAUAUGAUUACAUCCCUUGUAGUUAUACUUGUGGUCAUGAGGUUCACGAAAGCUUUGCUGGGGAACAUCACAGUAGAGGCUCAACACCUACACAUGAUGAGGUACCCCUUGCACAGAGAAACGGUCACAGCUCAAGAAUUAAUAGUGGGCCUAACCCUCACGGUGAGCUUCCUUUUGGAGUAGAAGAUUGUUAUCCCAGCACUGAACUCCAGACUCUCUGUGAUCUCAGUGCCACAAAUGACCCUUUCAGUAAAUCCAGUCAGUUUGAAACAACUGACCAACACCUUUCUUUGGAUCAGCGACCCUGCCCCAAAUCCAUCGCCAUAGACUUGUUCCGAAGCCGCAUCUCGACUUAUCACAGCAAGGUAGAGAAAAGAAGAUCUUGGGCUCAUGGUGUGCCUUUGGGCUCUGCAAAACAAAAACAACGAAGAAAGUCAUCACAUCACCUCUUCAAAACACCUCUUAAAGGUCCAUUUUUGUCAGAGGAAAUGCUGCCCCUCAAUCAGUUAUGGCCUAAGGAAACAGGAAUUCCUGAGCAUUCCUCUGACAGAACAGAUGACUUCCAGAACUCCUCUUCUGUGCAAGACUCUUGUCACUUUUGCAACAAAGUCUGUCAUCCUACUGAGUGUUCUCAAGCUACACAUCCAAGUGUGGACCAAGAUAGACAUAAAAAAACAUACCAGUGCAGUUUUGGUUCUGAGACCAAUGCAGCCCAGCACCCCUUCCUGGCUGUGAAAAAAUCCAAAAGUGAUGAAAGUCAAGCAGGUCACAUCUGCAAAGAGGAGCACAUUGAUACCACUAUAAUUUACAAUAGACCUGGUGAUAAACGAGCCAAAAUCCCCAUCAUUACAUGCUCUACGCCUGAUUCCACACUUGCUGAGGAACUGACAGAACGUUCCAAAGAAAUUUUUGACAACUCAAGUGAUAAUGAGCAAGAACUCGAUUUUUCUUCAAGGGCAUAUUGGGAAUCAGAGAAUCCAGGUGUUCACUCAUUUAAUUUGGAAAAGGCAACUCGUUGCCGUUUAAAUUCUUUCAGACAACUAUAUCGAGAACAUAAAAUGUUGAAUUCAAGCAAAACUCCUUUAUCUCGCUCCAUGAAGUACCUUAGAUCUGGAGAGGGCUCUGUCAGGACUAGUGACAAAAAACAUGAGAUGAAAUCUUGCCAACAUGAGAAAAAAGGGCAAACAACUCAUGACAGGAUUGAAACAGACACGGAAGAUCACUCUGCUGCUCUAUUUUCAUCCUGGGUUUCAGACUACAAUGGAAAUCGAGAAAAAGAUGAUACGAGUUCAUUUCUUGGUCCUUCAUCAGUUUCAAUCCAAUGUACAGUCUCUAACACUGGCAGAAAGGUAUCACAGUCUUUAGUUGAGAGAAUCUCCCAGAGGUGCCUAAAAUCUGAUCCCAUUUUAUCUACCAUGGAACAAGAAUACCUAAUCUUUUCAGAACAAGUUAAACAGCUUGUGAAAAGGAGUAGAAGAGAAAACUUUCAGAAGAAGAGUAUAAGGGGAAAUCACUACCACCAAGUCGACAGCCAUAGGAAGUCCAGAUUUUCUGGCCCAACCCCCUUGACUGUAUGCUUUUCCAGCCUACAUGAGCAACAGGAUCACCUUGAGGCCCUGCCGUCUCUUGCUGGUCAAAGAUUCAAGGUAUACAUGCCUGAGAAGAAAAAUGAGACAGGAAGCACAAAGAGGGAGAGCACCAUGAAUCUUCAUGAAUUGUCCUGUGCAAAAGGUGGUACUGUGGCACAUGUCGCAGUGUCUGGUAUGACUGCAGAAUGUGCCAGGUCGUGCAAGGUCAUGAUGGAUGAUGUCUAUACUGGGAGAACGCUCCCUCUCAAAUUUCUGGGCUCUGAAGUGGAUGAGUGUUCCUCAAAGUCAGAUCCGAACAGCUGUGUUGACUUUAGUGGUCAGCUAACAAGAGAAAUGUAUGACAGCCUGCACAGUAAUCCGAAUUUGGUCAGGAGACAGUCCUGUAAACCCAAAUUCAGGUUCUACAUAUUGAUGACAUCAGACGACCCCUUCUUUGACAAAACAAAGACCCAGUUGGAGGCAGAGGGCCAUACCGAGGUACAACCAUCCCAGUUCUUCUUGGGCAAGGACAGCGUUUUGUCAUCUCUACUCAUCAUCCUCAGGAACCAGGACAUUUCAGAGCACAUUUGUAAGAUCCCUCACUUGCUGGAGCUGAAGAAGUUGCAAAGCGCAGUGUUUGCCGGGAUUGACCAACCUGAAGAUAUAAUUAACCUCACUUAUCAAGAACUUUUCAAAUCGGGUGGCUUCAUUAUGGUUGAGGAAGCAGUAAUGGAAAUGCUCUGUCUUGGUGACAUGAAAAAACUAUGCCAAAUCUUGGUGGAGUUGAGCAAAAAUGGGCGGUGGAAGUGGGUUUUGCACUACAAAGACAUCCGUCUGUUGAAAGAAAAUGCAAGGUUGAGCACCGAAGCAAAGGCAAAGAAGCAGUUUGUGGACUGCUGCCAAGAAAAUGGAAUAGUGGAGGUGUUGCCCUACCAUGAUUGUGACUGUAGGUCAAGGGAUCAAUCCAGCUACCUCAAAUGUCUGAUCCACUUGCAGACCCAGAAUAUAUCGGCGCGAUUCCACGUUUUCAUUAGUGAUACAACAGCUGACAGUGCAUUUGGGAGAAGUGGAAUUUUCACAUUAAGUGUAAAAUCUUUCCUGGUCUUGUCUCAGAGUAACAUACUCAUGACCCGUCGACCCAGUUAUGCAACACAGCCAUAAACUUGGAUUAUACAUGAAAACCUCCUUUAAAUGACAGAAAUUCAACCCCUUGUAAGUGUUUGUCUUAAGUCCAUCCAAAAGUUUUGGUUUUUUUUUUUAUUUAUAUGAAAUGGUUUUUUGUUUUUUUUUGUUAAAUUUUGUAAGACAUUUGUAAAUUUACCAAGUUAGUAUGGAUCAUUACAGUGAUUAGUCCGUUGGCUAAUUUUUAUAUUUGAUUUUGUAUUUUUUUAUAUUCUGUUCUAAGAAUACAUUAGUAUUGCACAUCUGAUUUAGAGAGGUAGUGUACAUCCUAAGUAAGUGAGACAGCUUGACAAGAAGGGGCUAUUUACCAAAUGUCAUGUUUACAUAAUAAGGGUACAUUAUUGCACCGUGCUUUUAAGUGUUCCUGAGAGGGAUGGCCUGUGGGGAAAUACUUUCUGUGUCUGGCGGUUUUGGUGCAAAUUGCGCUGCAGCACUUGCAAGAGGGUUGGAGUUCAAACAGACUGUGUCAAGGCUGUGGUUGUGGGGGGGGGG